AUGGGUUCGAGUCAAUCGAAUGCUCAAAUACAAAAUCUACAAAUACAGCAUGAAGCGUUACUCAAACAGCAUCAAGAAAUGUCGAAACAAAUGCUUGAACAACAAGCUGAGAACAAAAAACAGCAGGAAGCAUUUGUUGAACAAAUGGCCAAAAUACUGCUCAUUUUACUUCAAUCAAAUUCGUCAGAUGAACGUGUUAUACGAGAAGAACAUAAAACAUUGGAAAUUGAAGGUGUGACAUACCAUAUUAAACAGUUUGUUAAUCGUGGCGGUUUUGGUGAAAUAUUCAAGGCACAAGUUCGAGGCAAAGAGAAAGUGGUAGCCAUCAAAUUUUUGGCAAACACAACUGGUAUUCAAGACCAAAUUGAAAAAGAGGUGAACUUUUUGCGUGCAACUCAAAAAGUCCAAAUGUCGAAUCAUCCGGUCAUCGAGUAUUACGGGUGCAAAGCGACGAGCGAAGGUAUUUACAUCGCGAUGGAAUUAGCUCAAUGUGAUUUAUACACCUUCUGGGUAAAAAGAGUGAGCAAAGCGAGUGGCAGAGAAAAAUUUGUGUUUGGGACUAUAAUUAUAAUGUACGUGCUGCGAACGUUGAUCUUUCUGGAAAAAUUGUUGAUUGUUCACGGUGAUAUCAAACCGCAAAACUUGGUCAUUGUCGAAGCGGGAAACUACUUUUGUAUCAAACUUAUUGACUUUGGAACCGUUGAAAAACUCGAUACAAGACGAUCUUCAAUAACGGUUGGAGCUGACAAGGCGCAUACUCGAUUUUUCGCCUCACCAGAGUUUCUAAAACGUGAUAGUGAUAAUCGAAUUAGUCGACGCUUACAUAAAAAGUCGGACGUGUGGGCAGCAGGAAUUAUGUUCUAUUAUUUACUGUUUGAUCAAAUGCCGUUCGAAGACGAGCAUUGGAUUGAAGAUAGUUUUCAACGUCGCCGAAACGAAUAG